CAUUCAACAUAGCUUUGUUUGGCAGUUGGCUUUGCUGUCAAACGGAAAAUGGCAGCGACGAGUGUUGUCGUUCUCGACAGAGGCAACAAUACAACUUGUACCGUAAAUCUUUUCGGUGCAACAGUAGUAUCAUGGCGGGUUAACAAUCAAGAACAAUUAUUUGUAAGUAAACAGGCUGUGUUCGACGGGAAGAGAGCGAUACGAGGAGGAAUACCGUUUGUAUUUCCUCAAUUCGGACAAUGGGCGUUCGGUCCUCAGCACGGGUUCGCGCGGGUGGCGCGCUGGCACGUGGAGAAGAUGCCGGAGCGGCUGCCCAGCGGCGACGUCGAGGCGGUCUUCAGCCUCAUGGACGAUGACUUCACGCGCUCCAUGUGGCACUUCCAGUUCAGACUGACAUAUCGACUCAUCCUUCGAGAAAAGGAGCUGCACUUUAAUAUCGGUGUUUACAAUCCCAGUAAGGAGUUAACUUUUAGCUGCCAGUUACUGCUGCACACCUACUUCAAAGUGCCAGACGUGCGCCGCUGCCAAAUUACUGGCAUGCACGGCUGCAUGUUCAUUGACAAGACACGAGAGGGUGCAGUGUACCAGGAGACGCGUGAGGUCGUGACAAUCAACGAGUGGACGGACAGGAUCUACCAGAACACCAUGCAGGAGCACAUCAUCACCAACGUCGUCAGCGGACGCAAGAUGAGGAUACAGAAGUACAAUUUCCCCGACACUGUGAUCUGGAACCCGUGGGCGGAGUUCGCGAAGGAGAUCCCGGACUUCGGCGACGACGAGUUCCCCAACAUGGUGUGCGUGGAGGCGGGCCGCGUGGCCGCGCCCAUCGUGCUGCUGCCCGGGACCGCCUUCGAGGCCAGCCAGAUCCUGCAGGUGAUGUAAGACGUGUUACGCCGCAUGCCAUCCAGCCGUCCAGUGAGCGAGGUCAAUUUACGAAUAUUCUAAUGUUAUGACAAUAUUGUUGAUUCCAAGAAACAUCGUUCCUUUUGUAUUGUGUAAAAUAUUUUUCAAUUUUAAUUACAAAACGUAUUUAAUUUUAAGACAGUUUUAAAACUAUAUUCUCUCAAUAACAACAUAAAAUUGGAUGGAAAUUGGAUUCUGAUAUAUUAUUUCAAUUUUGUUAACUAUUGAUUCACUGUAAAGUGACUUUAAACUACAAUUAACAGUGUUUAAAAAUAUUCUUCCACUUUCACCUUUAACGGUUGCAUAAUUGAGGUAAAAUUAAAGUAAAUACCUAAGUAAGAAUAUAAAUAAGAUUAAAGGUUUAAUGAGAAACGUGAUUAGGUAUCAGUGUAUCUCCUUUCAACAUUUUACAUCGAAAUAUGAUAAAUAUAUAUGUUAAUUGAGUUUUAUGUAUUUAUCAUUUGAAUGUGUCUGGUAUUUGUAUUAUAUGUUACGGUGGACUUUCAGUUCAAUAUCUGGUUAUUCUCGCGUUUACAAUCCUUCAUAAAGUCAAUAAUAAUAAAAAAAUAAUUCUUUUGUUGGUUGAUUCGCGGUUUUAGACGAUUUUAGAUUGUGAUUAUUUCUUCUGCAUUUCUCAUUUUGCUAUGUAUCACUCUCUCUUAUUUAUGAUGCAUAUUCAUUUCUUUAUUAAAUUAUGCUGAAUUUCGUAUGACUUAAAUAAUUUUAAACAAUAUGGCUUAUAAAAAGGUAACAUGCGAUAGGAGAUUGAUUCAUAGACAAUAUGAUAUUUUUUUUAGAAUUCAAAGUAUUGAAUGUCUAGACAGAGCACGACUUACCAUCAGGGAGCCAUUUGCUUCCUCUGUGUUAUGAUAAUAAAAAAAAUAUAGUAAUUAAUUCAUUUGGCUAAAAUGUGACACUAGUGUAAUUUUUUUAUCUAAUUAGUAAUAUAAUCAAGUUGAAUGCGUUACACAGUCUAUAAAUUAGACUUAAUACUAAUACCACACACACAUACACAUGAAUUGGUGUGAACGUGAUCUUCAAAUUACACUUUGAAAAGGUAUCGUGAAACUUUUUUUAUAAAACAUUCCAGUUCAUUCCAUUUAUUUUAUGAAUGAUUUUAGAUUCAAAAAUAAUCGUAACAUAACUUACAGUCAUAAUUAAUUACCAGAAAAAAAAUCAAGUUAAUCUUAUCCUUUAUAAUAAUGUUGCUGUCUAAAGAAUCUCGCUUCCUUUUUCGAAUCGUCUUUCAGACUUGCUUCCUUCUUGUCUUCCUGUUGUUUGGGUUUUUUAUGUAAUAAUUUUGUUAAAAUUGAAUACCAACUUGUUACUUGUUUUUUUAUCUGUUUAAAAAUAUUAGAAGCAUUGGUUAGUCAGGUAAAAUCACACUUAUUACACAAUACGUUAAGACAUAUUGAAAAAACAAUUAUUAUACAAACAAUAAUAAUAUAAUGUCCAAUCUACUCAGAACAAAAAAUACUCAAGACAAUAUUUUGUUUAGUAACUUAUUUUUAUAAAUGUUAGCUGUUAAUGCGAUGCUUUUAUAAUUUAUAAAUGAUAGUUACGUUUUAGAACAAUUGUCUCACUCCGCUUUAUCUAUUUUUGUAAUGUAAUUAUUGAAAAAGCCUUGCCACUUCUUUUGAGAAAAUUGAUGAAAUUUUAACGUACAUACAGCCACGUAGUUUGUACAAAAUGUCAAUCUUUUUGAGAACCCUAUUUUGUAUUUUUUUUGGAUAUGUUUUGGAGGCUUUUAAAGUAUACGACAAAUAAUAUAAGAAUAUGUACUUAGAUGUAAUGAGUUCCUUGUUUUUUUUUAAGACUUAAUGCAAUUUUUUGGUGCCUACUCGGACGAGUAUAUCAAAUGUCAUCUGUUUCUUGUACUCGUUAAGUAUUAUUUCGAUGCUUUCUUUUUAACUGGUAUUUUGGUGAUUCUAAAAUGUAUUAUAACUUGUAAGAAAUAACAUCAUGUAAUCGAUAAUUAAUCGAACGAAUAUUUUAGGUACAUUGAAUUUUUAUUCUUCUCGUAAAAAUUGAGAAUAUUCAAUAUAUUAAUAAUGGUGAUUUUUAAACAUCGAAAUUUAGCGACAAAGUGUACUUCCAUAGGUGCAAUAAAG